AUGGCAGCUUCCGUCAAGACAGUCUCGACAAAGCCCUUCGAGGGCCAGAAGCCGGGCACCUCGGGCCUCAGAAAGCGCGUAAAGGUCUUCUCGCAGCCUCACUACACAGAGAACUUUGUUCAGGCUAUCCUCUCGUCGAUCCCCUCGCCAGGUGCAAAGGGUUCCACUCUCGUCGUUGGUGGCGAUGGACGCUACUUUAGCAUCCCCGCCAUCCAGUCCAUCAUCCGGCUAUGCGCCGGCAACGGCGUCUCUCGCCUUAUCAUUGGCCAAAACGGUAUCCUCUCCACGCCGGCCGUGAGCCACAUCAUUCGCUCUUACAAGGCCACUGGCGGUAUCCUCCUUACUGCUUCCCACAAUCCUGGUGGCCCCGAUGCUGACUUUGGCAUCAAGUACAACAUGGAGAACGGAGGACCAGCGCCCGAGGGUGUCACCGACAAGAUCUACAACGUCACCACCACCAUCAGCGAGUACCACGUUGUCGAGGGCGACGACGUCGACGUGUCCAAGAUCGGCUCCACCUCCUUUGGCAGCACAAAGAUCGACAUCAUCGACCCAGUCAAGGACUACGUCGAGUAUCUGUCCAAGAUCUUCGACUUUGGCCUCAUCAAGUCCUUCCUCCAGUCGGGCUCCUUCUCCGUCCUCUUUGACGCUCUUCACGGCGUGACGGGUCCCUAUGGUCGCGCCCUCUUUGUCGAGCAGUUCGGCCUGCCGGAGUCGUCCGUGCAGAACUGCGUCCCUUCGCCCGACUUUGGUGGGGGCCACCCGGACCCAAACCUGACGUACGCAAAGUCGCUCGUCGAUGCCGUCGAGUCCAAGGGAAUCUCCUUCGGCGCGGCUUCGGACGGCGACGGAGACCGAAACAUGAUCAUUGGCAAGGGCGCCUUUGUCAACCCGAGUGACAGCGUGGCCAUCAUUGCAGACUGGGCUGACCGUGCGAUCCCGUACUUUAACAAGGGCGUCAAGGGCUUGGCCAGGAGCAUGCCCACGAGCGGUGCCAUCGACCGCGUUGCAAAGAAGAAGGGCUUCGAGUGCUUCGAGGUUCCGACGGGAUGGAAGUUCUUUGGCAACCUGAUGGACGCCGGCAGGCUCUCCAUCUGCGGCGAGGAGAGCUUCGGCACGGGCUCCGACCACAUCCGCGAAAAGGAUGGGCUCUGGGCCGUCGUGGCCUGGUUGAGCAUCCUGGCAGCCGCAAACAAGGAGAAGCCCGGGACGACGGUCUCUGACGUGCUCCUCGCCCACUACAAGACUUACGGCCGCAACUUCUUCUCGCGCUACGACUACGAGGAGGUCGAGUCGGCCGGCGCAAAGGACAUGAUGGCCCAGCUCUCUUCCCAAUUCACCUCUUCGUCCUUCAAGGGCACCAAGCUUGGCGACUUUGAGGUGGCCGAGGCGGGCGACUUUUCCUACACGGACCCCAUCGAUGGCAGCGUGAGCAAGAACCAAGGCCUGUACGCCAAGUUUGUCGACGGAAGCCGCAUCAUCUUCCGUCUGUCCGGCACCGGCUCGGCGGGUGCCACGAUCCGUCUCUACGUGGAAAAGUACAGCAACGAUGAGAAGGAGUUCGAGGCCGAUGCUCAGCAGGGCCUCAAGCCCCUCAUUGAGCAGGCACUCAAGAUUUCCGAGCUCGAGAAGUUCACGGGUCGAUCCAAGCCGACCGUCAUUACUUAAAUAUAGCUUCCUGGGGCCAUCUCUAUAUACACAUUGGAAGACAUGCACUUUUUUUCGAUGAUAUUAUUUCUUACCGCCUCUGAGC